AUGGGUUCCGACUUCGCGUCAGGCGUCGGCAUCGCCCUUCGCGGCGCCCCGGAUGAGUACAUCGGCGAGAAGCAGAUGCCCAGCUCCAGCAGGCGCGCCAUGCAGGUGGAGAUGACCCAGGACGUCAUCGACGACAUGCUCCAGAGCAUUCGCGACGGUCGUCCUCCGAUGCUCCACUUCAGUCAAAACCCCAUCCUCAAGAUCGGAGAGACCAAGAUCGUCAUCGACGCGACAAAGGAGACAUUCAGGAACGAGCUGUACCAGACUGCCCCUACUAACGCGGAAGACGGCAGCAGCGAUGUCACCAGCAACUUCUUUGGCACCGUCGACUACCGACUUGCUCUUCAGAGGGCUAGUGAGGCCAGCCAGGCCAUGAACAGGACCGACUCCGCUCUCCAAGCCCUCAAGUCGAACAUGAAGGCGAUCCGCAAGGAGAAAGAGGCUCCGAAGUGGGCACCCAAAAUUAUCAGCACCGCUCGGUUAAACAUGCUAACUUCUAAACGCAAAAGGGUAUCCAUGGAAGUCGAUCCCCUGCAACUGGACAGAAUGAAGCGGCUUCAACAGGGUAGGUAUGCGAAGCCAAGCCGUGGAACUGUCCUGGGAGGUAGACUGGUUGCUUCAACCUCGAACGCGUCGAGCCCUGCCCUGUCCGCCGCCUCACCCAGACCGACCGCACCGACCUCCGCACCAAUCUCCAAGAAGACAUCGGCAGUAGAAUCGGCCCUACGCAAGGCACUCGUCCACAUACUCGCCCUUGAGCCCGUGAAGGUGCAAGAUAUUGCUCGCAAGAUGAGGGUCCCGAAGGAAGAUAUCUCAUCGGUGCUGGAAAAGAUUGCGAAGGAGCAGGGAGGAGAGUGGAAGUUGACGGACAAGGCAUACAAAGAGCUGGACCCCUUCAGCCCGAGCAUUCGAUUCUGGACGGAGGAGCAGCGCAAGAAGGCGAUCGACAAUGCCAUCAAGGCGCUGGAUCGUCAGAGGCUUGAUCCUCGUGACAAGAUUUGGCAGAAUCUCCUUCCAGAGCAUGAGCGCGGCAAGGGAAAGAUCCUGUCCAAGUUGAGCCUGGCUUCAUCCAGCGCUGCGCCAAAGACUUCAACGCCGUCCGUGAAGCCCGCUAUGGGCAACAAACAGAAGCUGAACCAGCUGACGAAGAAGACGAAGACGGAAACGAAGAAGAAGGAGCCGAAGAAGAAGAAAAGCGAAGAAGAUGCAUUCGGAAUCGCAUCUCAAAAGAAAUCCAGGCCUUUGGUGGGGGAGAGCACAACUGCUUUGGGACAGAAGAAGACGCUUAAGGGUGAGGAGAAGGGAACCACAACUCUCAAGAGAAAGAUCGACAAGCCUUCUAGCGAGGAGGAUACCGGACGUACGACGUUGUCAAAGGCCGUGAAACGUCCAAUUGCUGAAGAUCAGGCCAACCAAAAUCCACCCAAGAAGACCAAGAGGUCCAACCCCGAUGACGGAGAGGUUGGCCAGGUCGCGAGGAAGACAUUGUCAAAGAUGUCAGGUGAAGGCGACAAAGGCGGUCAGAACACGGGUCUCCAGAAGACAACCCGGAUCCGGAAGGAGGGUACAACGGUCGUGUCUGCUAAGCUUAACAAAGAGAACGCCCAGUCAGAAACAAAGGUCGGCAGCAAGCCCAUCACCAAGAAACAAACACAGACAAACAGCACCGUCAGAACGACCAACACUGCCCCGACAGUGGCAGCGCCCAAGAAGCCCACAAGCAAGAUGAAUGAACAAAAAGCGUCUGAGCAUACAGCUGAAAAGAGCAUUCAGCCAAAGAUCAACGGACUACCAUUCACAUCCACGAAGAAGGUCGCGAAUGCCCUAUCCUCCAAAAACCCUUCAUCAACUGGAUCCCCUCUCAACACUUCGGACGUGGAGAAGUCACGUACUGUCCACAAGUCUUCUACCACUGCAGCUGGUGUCACCACUCCCGGAAACUCUGACCGCACCCUCAAGCGGAAGGCGAACGACAUUGAUAGUGACAUUCACAAGCACGACGUCAGCGUCAAGCAUCGCAAGACUGCAGGACACGCUCCUGUGCCCGGCAACACGGCUACAGCGACCCCUCCCAGCAGUGACAGGCCUUCGCUAAAGCGUAAGCCUGAUGGAACUAUGGCAGAUUCGAAACAGCCCACUGCCAAGAAGCUGGCUGCUACGUACAAGGCUUCUAAGCCUACACAGACUCCGACGCCGAGUUACUCCGGGGCGUCAUCAAUCUCGUCGACCUCAUCCACCCACUCCCACCAGCUGGGUAUGGGACAUGUUCACCACCAUGACUCUCCGCAGAGCUUCCACGACGCUAGCUCUGCUUCGCCUGAGCAGGGUCUGCCGCUCAACCACCGCCGGGCAAUUGAACUAAGUGCCCAGUUCAAGCGCUGCUAUCCCCAGUACCUCGCGCUGUACAUGUCGCUCAAAGGCCGGCCAGCGACGAAACAGGAGCUGGAGGAGCUCUACAAGAAGGACGCUAUCCUCAAGGGCAUGAAGAAGGAGGUGAACCGUCUCUGGGCUAACCCGGAGGCUUAA